GAAAUGGCAGUUCCAUCAUCCUUUCGAGGGCUGGGUAAUUUCUUCAGCUUCUAACCAGAGUUUUGUUUCAUGUAGUUCCAUCAUCAGCUGCCAGUUUCUUCGCGGAUAUCGUUUCAGGUUGCUGUCUUGGACGAGAUGGCGUCCGCACAAAAUGUCGAGUUGGAGGCAGCAAAGUUUCUGCACAAACUAAUUCAAGAAUCUAGAGACGAGCCAGCAAAAUUGGCUACAAAACUCUACGUGAUAUUGCAACACAUGAAGUCGAGUGGGAAAGAACAUUCCAUGCCAUAUCAAGUAAUAUCAAGAGCCAUGGAGACUGUCAUCAAUCAACAUGGUCUUGAUAUUGAAGCUUUGAGGGCUUCACGCCUUCCUCUCACUGGUGGAACUCAGAUGGGUGAUUCUACUACUGCACAAUAUGCGGGCUCCUCCAGUGUUGUUGGUACAGCUAAAGAUUCCAAAAUGGGUAUAUCUGGAAGUGACACCAGAAGUGGCUCACUUGCUCCAAGCAAGCCACCUGUUGCCCCAAGUAGUACAGAUCAUGAUUACUACCAAGGACCUGCAACUCAUCGGAGUGGUCAAUCUUUUGAUCAAGGAAGUCCUUCUAGUUUGGAUUCGAGGUCUGCCAACUCACAGUCACAAGAGAAGCAUGAUUCAGUGAGUUGGGACAAACAAUUAAAUGAUAAGGAUGGUAAGAAGGGCACCAAGAAGAGGAAGAAGGUGGAUACAUCAGUUAUGGAACCAUCUAGUGACGAUACCCAUCAACUUGAUUCCCGCAAUCUGUCGGUUAAUCCUAGGAAUGUGAAGACAAAUAGGGUCGAACCACCCGCAUAUCUAGUUAAGGGAGGCAAUAUUGAGCAGGUGAAGCAUGGAUUAACAAAGGCUGCUGAAAAGGCUAUUGACCCUCCAAUGUAUUCUGUGAACAGAGGUGGUGGGAUAUCUACCUCGGGCGAAAAAGUUUUGGAGAGUGAACUACCUAUAUCUAGCACAUCAUCAGUUGAUGCUGCGAAAAUGAUUCAGGGUGCAUGGCGGAACAACGGACCAGAAAUGAGUAUGUUACGUAACCCCGUUUCUAGAGAAGCAGGAAAGCUUCCUGUUUCUCAGGUUCCUACCUCAUCCCAAUCUCGUUUGCCUUUCAAGGAACAACAAUUAAAGCAACUUAGGGCUCAGUGCCUUGUGUUUUUAGCAUUCAGAAAUGGUUUAAUGCCAAAGAAACUGCAUCUUGAAAUUGCUCUCGGGAAUAAUUCUCCUAAAGAAGAGGGGCUUCACAAAGAUGUUGAUCCUAGAGGCAUUGCUCAAUCUUUUAAUGAGGCCAGAAGUUCCAGUGAAGUCAUGAUGCCAUCAGGAAAGUUGGAUGCUGCAAGGGGAACAGGUACGAUGAUCCCAGGCGCCGUAUCUGCUGGAAGAACCUAUGAGGUUGACUCCAUGAAGGAAGUAGAUAAUAGAAGAGAAGAGGAUAACAAGGGCCCACUUUUUGAUCAUUCUGUUCAAGCAGAAGUAAGAAAGCCAGAAACUGAACUAAUGCGGGAAAAAGCAAUUUCUCAAACAUUCUUGAGCACUGCAUCGCAUCCCCUUGACUUUUCGAGUGCAAGGGGGAGCUUAACUGCAAAUAAUCCUUUUGAGGAUUUGGGGAAUAGCAAUCUUCUGAUUGGACAGACCAAUCAAGCCACUGCUACAGUGGGUAUGAGUAAGCCACUAAACCCUAGAAUUGACAGCACAAAUGAGGUUUCUAGGGGAAGUCUACCAGCCUUUGCUAGUCAGCAUGAGCUGGUAGUUGAUAGAAAUAAUGAUGCAUCUGCUCGGUUGCACGUUGUUAGAAACAAUAGUGGUUUAGGGAGUCAACGUACUAAUAGUUGGUCUUCUUUUUCAAUAGGGGAGCGGUGGAAACCUAUCUCUGGGACAUAUGAUCAAUACCAUGCUGUAAUGCCUUUGAGAGAUGCUAGUGUGAUCUCAAAUCUUGCAUCUCAUGAUUAUAGAAAUAUGCCAGAAUCUGAACCUAGAUGCAUCACAGAAGUGCACAAAGUGACAUCUGUAGAUGAAGGGAUAAAUGGCAGCCUAAAUACUAUGGAACAAGAAGAUGAUGGUAAGUCAGUGGCAUCUGAUUUGCCGAUGUCUCGAAAGUACACCAUGUCAGAGAAAUGGAUAAUGGAUCGGCAGAAAAAGAAACUCCUAAAUGAGCAAAAUUGGUUACUGAAACAACAAAAAACUGAGAAACGUAUUGCCACUCGUUUUGAUAAGUUAAAGAGUACUGUCAGCUCAUCAGAUGAUAUAUCUGCAAAAACUAGAAGUGUAAUAGAAUUGAAAAAACUUCAACUCUUGCAGCUUCAGCGUCGCCUCAGGAAUGAUUGUCUAAAUGAUUUCUUCAAACCAAUUUCGAAUGAGAUGGACCGCUUGAAAUCUUUCAAGAAGCACAAACAUGGUAGGAGGAUUAAACAACUUGAAAAAUUCGAGCAGAGAAUGAAGGAGGAGAGGCAAAAGAGAAUACGAGAGAGGCAAAAGGAGUUCUUUGGUGAGAUUGAAGUUCACAAGGAAAGACUUGAUGAUGUAUUUAAAUUUAAGAGAGAGAGGUGGAAGGGUUUCAAUAAGUAUGUCAAGGAGUUCCACAAAAAGAAGGAACGAAUUCAUCGUGAGAAAAUUGACAGAAUCCAACGUGAGAAGAUCAAUCUUUUGAAGAUCAAUGAUGUCGAGGGGUAUCUGCGAAUGGUGCAGGAUGCGAAAUCGGAUCGUGUUAAGCAACUUCUCAAGGAGACUGAGAAAUAUCUUCAAAAGCUUGGAUCUAAGCUACAGGAGGCGAAGUCCACAGAAAGCCGGUUUGGGCAUGAUACAGAUGAUGGAUGCGACGUGAAUACUGCUGAAAAAAGUGAAUUUGCUAUCGAGAAUGAAGAUGAAAGCGAUCAGGCAAAGCAUUACUUGGAAAGUAAUGAGAAGUACUACUUGAUGGCACAUAGUGUUAAAGAAAGCAUAACUGAGCAGCCAGCCUGCCUUCAUGGAGGAAAGUUGAGGGAGUAUCAGAUGAAUGGCCUUAGGUGGCUCGUUUCGUUAUACAACAACCAUUUGAAUGGAAUUCUUGCUGAUGAAAUGGGGCUUGGAAAAACUGUUCAGGUAAUUUCCCUGAUCUGUUAUUUAAUGGAGACUAAGAACGAUCGAGGUCCUUUUUUGGUGGUUGUACCAUCAUCAGUUUUACCUGGAUGGGAGUCCGAGAUCAACUUCUGGGCUCCAAGUGUGCUUAAAAUUGUGUAUUCUGGACCUCCAGAAGAGCGGCGCAGACUAUUCAAGGAGAGAAUUGUUCAUCAGAAGUUUAAUGUACUUCUGACCACAUAUGAGUAUCUGAUGAACAAACAUGAUAGGCCAAAAUUAAGCAAAAUUCAUUGGCACUAUAUUAUAAUUGAUGAAGGCCAUCGCAUAAAGAAUGCUUCAUGCAAGUUGAAUGCUGAUCUGAAGUACUACCGUAGUUCUCACAGAUUACUCUUGACCGGGACACCGCUACAGAACAACCUUGAGGAGCUUUGGGCAUUACUGAACUUUUUGUUGCCAAAUAUUUUUAAUUCAUCAGAGGAUUUUUCUCAGUGGUUCAACAAACCAUUCCAGAGUAAUGGUGAUAGUUCAGCCGAAGAAGCCUUGCUUUCUGAAGAGGAGAAUCUUUUGAUCAUAAAUCGACUUCACCAAGUUCUUCGCCCGUUUGUUCUUCGGAGGCUUAAACACAAGGUGGAAAAUGAACUGCCAGAAAAGAUUGAAAGACUUGUACGAUGUGAAGCUUCUGCAUAUCAGAAACUUUUAAUGAGGAGAGUAGAGGAUAACCUUGGUUCAAUAGGAAGUACAAAGGUCCGAUCAGUGCAUAACUCGGUGAUGGAGCUGCGUAAUAUUUGUAACCAUCCUUAUCUAAGCCAUCUUCAUGCAGAGGAGGUUGAUAAUUUGAUACCUAAGCAUUACCUGCCGCCAAUUGUUAGACUCUGCGGAAAGCUUGAGAUGUUAGAUAGAAUAUUGCCAAAGCUAAAAGCAACUGAUCAUCGGGUUCUCUUCUUUUCCACCAUGACUAGGCUGCUCGAUGUUAUGGAGGAAUAUCUUCACUGGAAACAGUAUCGAUAUCUACGAUUGGAUGGACAUACAGCUGGGGGAGAUCGUGGUGCUCUCAUUGAGUCAUUUAAUGGGCAAAAUUCUCCCUAUUUUAUAUUCCUUCUUAGUAUUCGAGCUGGUGGUGUGGGAGUGAAUCUUCAAGCUGCUGACACAGUGAUUAUUUUCGACACAGACUGGAACCCACAGGUUGAUUUACAGGCACAGGCAAGAGCUCAUAGGAUCGGCCAGAAGAGGGAUGUGCUUGUUCUUAGAUUUGAAACAGUUCAAACGGUGGAAGAACAAGUGAGAGCUGCUGCAGAGCAUAAACUUGGAGUGGCUAACCAGAGUAUUACAGCCGGCUUUUUUGACAACAAUACAAGUGCUGAAGAUCGAAGGGAAUAUUUGGAGUCUCUUCUACGCGAGUGUAAGAAAGAAGAAGCUGCACCUGUACUAGAUGAUGAUUCUCUGAAUGAUCUCUUAGCACGCAGUGAGCCAGAGAUUGACGUGUUUGAAACAGUGGACAAAGAACGACGAGAGCAUGAGAUGGCCACAUGGAAGAAGCUGGUAGUUGGUCAUGGAAUUUCUGAGUCUAUUCCUCCCAUGCCUUCACGUCUUGUAACAGAUAAUGACCUGAAAGAAUUCUAUGAAGUAAUGAAGAUAACUGAAGAAGUACCAAAACCUAGGGAGGGAGCCCAAGUCGGGGGGGUAAAGAGGAAGAGCGAAUAUCUUGGAGGUCUCGACACACAUAAUUACGGGAGGGGGAAGCGGGCAAGAGAGGUGCGAUCCUACGAGGAACAGUGGACAGAAGAGGAGUUUGAAAAGAUGUGCAAGGUUGACUCGCCUGAAUCCCCAGGGCCAAAGGAAGCUGUGGCAGGAGAAUCGUCGACCAGUAUUAGUGGGCCCGUUGUAGGAGAUGUUUUGAAGGAAGAACUUCCUGCUGCCUCCCCUUUGCCUCCUGUUGAGCCUAUGGCUCAGCAUCAAACACCACCCUCGAGGCGAGGUCGUGGAAGACCAAAAAGAGCGGCUGUCGAUAAGUCACCUGCUCCAGUGGUUUCUCCGUCUCCUUCCAUAGCAGACGACGUGGACACAGGGUUGCAAGGAGAAACUAUUUCAAGCAUUUCUAAAACUGGCGGUCUUGAUUCUUUGCCUAGUGAAGGAACAACAUAUCAACUUGUUAAAGAGGUUUCUGCAAACUCUCAGUUAACUACCCCUGUGCCUUCUAUAAUUCCUGCCUCUGAGUCAGCUCCAGCUUGCUCGCCUGCACGGGUUCAAGUGAAAGGUCAUGGUCGAAAAACUCAAACUGGACAACAACCUCCUCGACGAAGGGGGAAAAAACAGGGGCUGGUCCCACCUCCUGUUCCUGGUAGUCUAUCCUCUGAAGUAUGUCAAGACGAUCAGGGUAAAUCCACAAACCCAGUGGCAAGUCAAGUUAAUGUUGCAAGUGACAUUCCCUCUAGUUUACCUGGUUCUGGCCCUUCAAAACCUGUCACUGGACCUAAUGAUCAGCCGGCUGUUGAGCCUGUACAGCCUAGAGGACAAAGUCGGAAGACGCAAAGUGCAGCUGGAGCACCACGACGUAGAGGAAAGAAACAAGUAGUAGCAGCUUCAUUGCCCAACACCAUGGCUGGUGCUAGUCUAAGUUCGAAUGCGAAUUUGCAAAUGAACCAUAUUGAUUCUUCUUUGAGUACUGUCAAUCAGGAAGAUAAACUGGAAGAUAAUCCCAAUAAAAGCAAGGAGACAAUCAGCCUAUCAACUUGUGGUAGUACUAUGGAACCACAAGGGCCUACUCCUGAACAAAACCAAAAUGCUGAUUCUCGUGGCAUUUCUAAUGUGAUCAAGGAGGCUUCUUCUGGAGAUUGCACGUCCAAAGCAAACCCUUCUGAGCACUUGAGUAAGAGUCGUGCGGCCCAGGAUGCAACUGUAACAAAUAAUCGUGUUGAUGAAACACUGAAGAGUCAUAGCUUGCGAGACACAACUUAUCCAGUUACAUCUACUCCAGAAACUGCAGUUCCAACAUGUGGUCCUCCAGCCGUUUCUGUUGCUGUGGGGAUGAGUCCCAAAGCUGUAACAGAUGUUGCUAGAGAGACUGCUCCUAUUUCGCAGCCAAUUCAUUCGUCUGCAUCAGUGGCUUCAAGCGUGCAAAUUGCAUCUCACUGUCCACCACCCGUAUAUGUGGAACCUAAACGGCAAGGUCGUAAGACUGCUAAAAGGGUAGAGCCCUCUCAGCGUAGGGGAAAAAAACCGGCCUCGUUGCCUUCUGUCGUUCUUGAUGGUUCAGCUGGCAAGGAAUCUAAAGAUUUGAAUGUGCUUGUGCAACCAGGGCCAUUGGGGGAUUCAAGUUGUAAAGACAUAGGCCUAAUAGGUAAAACUGAGACUGAGAAUCAAGAAUCAACCAAUGUUCAGAAUCACGCAGGUUGUACCCAAAUUAUAGAUACUGUGGAUUCCCAGGAUCUGAAAAGAAAGGAGCAAGUACCCAAACCUGCUCAACAUAAACAGCUUUUGGCAUCAUCAACAAAGAUUGUUGCUACUGGAGCCUUGGACAAGACCUCUGCAUCAGGCCGUUAUCAAACUGCAAAUGUAAAUGACGUUGCUCGGGUAAUGAAGGAAGUCUUCUCUGGGACUGGCUUGUCAAAAGCUAAAGUUGGAGCGUCAUCUGAGAUUGAAAACAAGGAUGCUUCCGCGAUGCCUGUUUUGAGCAAGUCCUCUGUGGAGGUGACCAAAAGUCAUAAAUCAGAGGCUAUUUUAAAUUCCAACAUUCCAGUUGAGGCCCAUGAAAAAGAAUAUUCAGAUGUAGCUAAUGAAAUGAGACCAGAUUCUGCAAAUGCUUUAGAAGAAUCCAUCGUUCUGAAGAUCGAUGAUGACGGUUCUGGAUGUGCGAAGGCUGAUUCAGUAAAUAAAUUGGUUGAAUCAAGAGAAACAUAUGAUGGAUGCUCAACUGUGGUUAGUGGCUCUGCAAUUUCAUCAAACUUCAACAAUGCUGAUCAUAAUCCCCCAGAAUCCUCACCUGUUUCCUCUAGUCUGGGUGAUUCCAAGGUAUCAAAGGCUCCUGAGGUGAUGGAUAAUGUAUUGGAAAAUGAAGCAAACCCUGUUAGUGGAGGAUCUUUAAAAUCUUAUCCUGAUAGAAGCGACUACAAAGUUCCCUCGCCUUCGAAGAACGAUGGUGUAAAUCAUCCUGCUCCUUCGAAUAACAUGGCAGAACUGCCUUUGGAAGAGCCUUCAGAAUGCCCUCUUGAUAUGUCAAGUAGAUCUCAUACUACAGUGACCGUUGCCACGACCAUUGUUGAAAAUGCAGAAAUUUCUGCUAACCAGGCUCAUCCGAGUCAAUCGAAAACUCUUGAUGAUCAAAGAAUAACUUCUGUGGACUGUCCCUGUGAACCGGCCACUGAUAUCACAAAGAAAACUCUUGACGUGGAGGGAUUCUCAGAACCAUCAGAAUUUGAUCAUACAAGUCUUGAAUGUCCUGCCACCACAUCUAUGCCUGAAAUGUCGGGUCAAUGUUCGAUCGACUACUCUCCUGAGAAGAUAGGCAUGGAUUCUGGAAGAGGUGAUAAUUCUAAAUUUUCUUUUGAAGUUUCAGUUGAAUUUAUCAAGGCAUCUAACAACACAGAACCUUAUCAUACAGCUGUUGAAACUUUAAAAGCAAGACCUGCGAGGCAAGAUUGUCCCAGUGUAUCUUCUGGUACAACAGAGAAUACUAUGAUGAAUGAAACGGUGUCUGUUCGUGCUGCAGUUAAGAUGGAAGGUGAUCUUAGACCUGUUAUGAUUGUUGAAACUUCGAUGGAGGAUCCUGGUCAAGAUUGUCAUAGUGUCUGUCAAAGUCUCUCAGCUCAUCGUGAAAAUCUCGAUCAUCCAGAUGUUUCAAAUUUUAACGAGAGUUCCGACGCAUGUAUGCCAGGUGCUGAAAUUGAAGUUCAAGAACGUGUUUCUGUAACUACUAUGAAUAUCGAGAGUAAACAUAAAGAAGUGAAUGAUACUGAUCCUGCUGUUGAACACAUGGAUGCUGCCUCGAAGCAGGGGAGGUCUAGUGGUAGUCAAGAUCUUUCAAACGCAGGUGCACCUAAUCUGGUGGAGCAAACAUUGGGAAAUAAAUUAGAGCUUACUUCAGAAGAAUUGCCAACUUUACCUUCAUCUGAUCAUAGAGUUGAGGCUGCGGAAUGCACUUUAAAAACUGAUGUUGAAGGUCAGAAAACAUCAUUAAAUGAUAGUAGUAAUCAUAUUCCGGAUGAGAAUUUGAAGGUAUCAGAUCAUGUCGAAGAAAACGCUGAAUUUGUUAAUCCUGAGAAUGUUCCUGAGAAAAGCGUUCCGAUUCCUCGGAUUCAGGAUAAUGAAGGUAACCGAGCUGACAACCAUGGUGCAUGUCUCAGGGAUAUGGAUAUCUCCAGUUCUGAUGCUGUUGUUCAAAUGGACAAUUCUGACGAAAAACGUGUAUCAGAAGGUAAAACUGAUGAUAUGGUUCUGCUACCAGCCUCAUUGCAGGGAGGGGAAGAAAAUUGUUCUUUCACAUCUGUGGGAGAUCAAGUUGAUAAUUUAGGGAACCAGGAGGAACCCAACAAAUUUGGAGUUAAAGGGUCUCCUGGGGAGAAAAAGCAAUCCGAUCCACUAGUCGAGGAUGUUCUUGGAACUUCGGCACAAUCUUUAUCUUCUUCAGAAGUUAAGGAUUCAUAUAAGAUGACAUUGCUCGAUACAAAUUUAGAUAAUUCAGGUGAUCAAACUGAUUUACCUGUAUCCUCGUCCACAGUGACAGACAGAGAAAAGAUUGGGGAUUCUUCCAAGGAUGAUUCGUGUGGCUGCACGGUCACAGAUUCAGUAGAAGCUCUCGAGGAUAGUGAACUGUUAACAAACGAGGUGUCGGAUGUUUCGGUUGUGCCUGCUUCAUCGUCUCAAAUGGAACCCAUUAGCUCCCCAGUCUCUCUGGAGGGGCCAAGUGAUUAUCAAGGUAGUGACCAUAUGGUUGCAACACAGGAUAACCUGGUUUUGUCAGAAAACGUAUCAUCUGAGGAAGACAAGCUGCGAAACUCGUUCGAGAAAACCUUAUUAGAUAGUGCAGACCCGUCGGAGGAUCGUAAGGAGUCUGAUAUUAGCAGCAAGGGACAGCUUUUAAGCAUCACUGAAAACCUCCGCUUAAAUGAUCCUUCCAAUCAUCUAACGGUAUCAAAGUUGGAAGAUUCAGCUGGUGAUCAGACAGGGGAUGUUCCUCAAACAGGGGAGGCUGUGUCAGUAAAUGCAGUUGAUACCUUUACUCAGCCCGCACCUCCAACAACCAUGGAAGAAGAGAAGUCCGAUGCCUUACUCGACAGUGGUCUAAUUGCUAGCUCAUCAUCACGGCCACUGAACGACAUACAAGGUUCUCAGCCUGUUACAGAUCCAAUGGAUUCUUCUCAAGCUGGUGUGAUUUUAGAAAAGAAUAUAUCAGGAGAAACAAUUGUGUCUUCGUCUUCUCCGGUUUCAGAGGAGGUAGGAGCAGAUCUAAUGCAAUCUGUUGCUGAAGUUCAGACGAUUGACGAAACCGAUGCAUCCGAGGUGGGGGAGCCUUCUCUAGAGAAGGCUGUAACAGAAGUAGCCAAUCUUCCAUCCUCCCUACCCGCUGAAACUGAAAGUAUGGAAAGCUCACAAGUUCCAAGUCCGAUCGAUAGCGCCAUUGCAGUUGUAGAAGCAGUCAUACGCGACGAAGCCGAUGAUGUACUCACAGCAAAUGAAAGGUGCCAGUCAGCAGGUGGCUCAUCAGUGCAGGAUCCGGCUGAUAGCAUUGCAGGUGUAGAAAUGGUCAUCAUAUGUGAUAAAUCUGAUGUUCCUCCGACCUGUGACACAGCACAGGGUGCAGUUGAUACAGCAGCCAUAUGUGCUCAAAUUGACGUACCUCCGGUUUGUGACACGGUGCAGGAUCCAGCAGAUAGCAGUACCAUACAUGAUAGAGUCGAUGUACCUUCAGCUUGCAAUUCAGCACAGGGUACAGUUGAUACUGCUGUCGAGUGUAAUCAAGUCGAUGUACCUCCAGCUUGCAACUUGGUCCAGAGUUCGACUGAUAGCGCCACUGCAGGUGCAGAAACUACCAUAAGCAAUCAAGUUGAUGUUUCCUCCAGUUCGACUCUGCCAGAAAAUGAAUCCGCAAAUUUGGACCUGCCUCCUAGCUGUUCAGAAGUAGAGGACGAAAGCAUCGAGCACCGACUGGAGGAAACUCCAGUUAACAAGAGUUCAGUUGAAUCAGAAUCAGAGGAUCCAAAGCAAAGUGAAUGAAGGAAGGUUUGUUCUGUACAUUUUUUUUGUAUUCCCCUGCUAUAUAAGUUUAUCCUACGGGGGAAAUUGUAGGUUAAGUUCAUACGAAUCUCUGCUAUCAUUUUGCUUUAGAUUUUGUGUGUGUAUAUAAGUAUAUGAAAAUUACGGCUUUAGGAUACAAAAGCAGUUACCAGAAAACAUUAAGUGGUGGCA